AUGGCUAACCUUCCCGGAAUCGUCCCUUCUGCUGCCGAGUAUCGACAAUUGGAGACCACGUAUGGCUUAUCCUCCUUAGAAGGUGUGGAAUUUCCCUCUCUUAGCUCUAGCAUCUCUUCCCCUCCCCCCGACAAAAUUGGGGUUUUCCUGAAAACCUUGGACGUCGGUAUACGAUUUCCCUUGACAGACUUUCAGGAGGAAGUCCUUCAAAAGGAUGGUUGUAGUCUUCAGAUGUUAACCCCCAAUGUUGUCAACAAAGUAGUUGCCUUCGAGAUGAUCUGUAGGGAAAACGGGUACCUUCCCGACUACUUUGUCUUCAAGUUCUUCUUUCAAUUCUGCAUUACUAGAGAUAAAUGCACCUUCUCAGUCCGGCGAGGGGGACACGCCUUAGUUCCCGAUGGGCGUACCCCCAAGAACUGGCAGGAUAAGUGGUUAUGGGUGAAUCAGGAGCUGGUUGGGAGUGGCCACUACCGUGCCAAUGCAUUCGUUGAUACCAUUCCUAAGCCUUUCCCCUACAACCAGGUUGUUGCCGACUAUCGGAGGAGUGUGCAGGUAUCCGCCGAGGAUUACUCUGAGGCGAUUCUUUCCGAGGUGGGGAUGAGUCCUUCUUGGAGGCGGCGUGGCAAUAUGGCGGUGUUCUUCUCUGUUGUUGAUGAUUAG